AUGAGGGAAGGCAGCCGCAACGACGCGGCGCCAGAUUGCUUGGCAGUUGCAACGAGCUCGCCGGAGCUCCAGCACCGCCGCGACAGCGACAUCGACAUCAACCUCACGCCCGCCUUCCCCGCCACGAUCGACUGUACCCAGCACCGCCUACCGACACAACACCUCAUCGAUCCUCAAAACACCGCCGUCGCAGCCAUGGACUCGCUAGUGGCGCAGUACAGCCGCCCCAUCGAUGCGGACGAGUGCCAGACCGAGGAACAGCAGCUCGAGCUGUACAGCGGCGCGCCUGAGCUGUCGCUCAAGUUUGCCCUACCCCCAGUUGCUCAGCAACAAUCAUGGCUCCGCGCAAUGACAGACGACUACUCCAACCCCAACUGCCCCAUCAAGAUCGCUCACGGUACCACAACCCUCGCCUUCCGGUUCAAGGGCGGCAUCAUCGUAGCAACCGACUCGCGAGCAACAGCCGGCAACUGGAUAGCUAGUCAGACAGUCAAGAAGGUCAUCGAGAUCAACAGCUGUUUAUUGGGUACUAUGGCUGGUGGCGCUGCUGACUGCCAAUACUGGCUCGCAUACUUGGGCAUGCAAUGCCGCCUCCACGAGCUCCGACACAAGCGCCGCAUCUCGGUCGCCGCAGCAUCCAAGAUUCUGGCCAACCUGGUCUACUCAUACAAGGGCAUGGGACUGAGUAUGGGUACCAUGUGCGCCGGCGUAACCCCGCAAGAAGGCCCCGCUCUCUACUACAUCGACAGCGACGGCACACGCCUCUCCGGCAACCUCUUCUGUGUCGGCUCCGGUCAGACCUUCGCCUACGGUGUGCUUGAUGCAGAAUACAAGUACGAUCUUGAGGACAACGACGCGCUAGAGCUUGGAAGGAGGAGUAUCCUGGCCGCCACCCAUCGUGACGCCUACUCUGGUGGUUACAUCAACCUGUACCACGUCAAGGAGGACGGGUGGGUCAAGCACGGCUUCAACGACACCAACCCCAUCUUCUGGGAGACAAAGCUCAACAAGGGCGAGUUCUCGAACGUUACCAGCGAGCUUGUGUAG